CAGAGGGUGGGGGGCAGGUGGGGCCUCGGGGGCCCUUGGAGUUCACGCGUCUGUUAUGUGGUGUAUCUUGGAGCAUAUGUCGGUGACGUUUAGUACAUUCACGAGGUGGUGCUGCUACCGUGUCUAGUUCCAGAACAUUCCACCACCCCAGAAGACGACCCGUCCCCAUCAGCUGUCACUCCCUGCCCCCUCCCCGGCGCCCGGCCCCCACAAACCCCCUUCCUGUCUGUGGAUGAGCCUGUUCUGGACGUUUCACAUAAAUGGAAUCACACCCCGUGUGGCCUCUGUGUCUGGUUCCCUCCCUGAGCGUCGUGUGUUCAGGGUCCUUAUGCCGGGCGGCGGGUGUGGGCGCCUCGCUCCUGCUCGUGGCCGAGGGACAUACGUGUGCGCGGGGGACACGGUCUGUGUCUAUCGUGCCAUUGAGGACUGUGAACUGAGCUGUGCACGCACGUGUGAGGGUCUCACUCCAAGUGGUGGGUCAGAAGCAGAAGAGGGACGGGGUGGGGGGUGAGGAGGGAGGGCUGGGAAUGGGGGGGCCCGGAUGGAGCUUCUGGAGGGGUGCAGCUGAGGGCACAGCCCGGAGAGCCCCACGUGAGGGUGUUCUCAGGGGGCCCAGAGAGGAGGUGGGAGCCCCGGUUUUACGGCCACCACCCGAGGCACAUGCCUGCCUGUCGCCUGGUCCUCCCCCUCCCGGGGGAAGCAUCCUGGGGCGGGGGCGGGUGGCGGCUGUCUGGAUGGAGGCCAGCACUGGCCAGUACCGUUGCCGGGACACCGAGGGCCUUUGUCGCUGUCAACAAUGGCCCCACAGGCCUUCCAGGCGUGAGCCCCUGGGGACCCAGAGGCAGACAUGCAGACCCUGGCGUGGCAGCGGCCCGAGGCUGCCCGGCCCUACGUCCCCCAGGGGACCCUGGAAGUGGCAUUCCCAGCACCUCUGUACAGGUGAGUGCGCGCCUUGCCCACAGACCCCACCUCUGGGUUUCAGGCCAGACGGGAUCUGGUGUGGCUUCUCUUGAAUGUCGUCUGAGUUUUGAGCGAAGGCACGCUGGUGUUGCUCUGUCCUCCCGCCUCCUGGCCCCCUCCUCCCCCCUGCCUCUCCUCCCUCCCUGCCCACGGCCAGAGCGGGGCGCCUGUGGAAACCGCAGGUCAGAGGCUCGCGUGGGCACCGCACACACAUAGCAAGCAGACCCCAGUUUGCUGCUGCUGCUCCGAGAGCCCGGGCUGGGGGCUCAGAUUUGCCCUCCCCCGGUUCUGGAAGCCAGAUGUCCGACCCCAAGGGGUCAGCAGGGCUGGUUCCUUCAGGGCCUGGGGGAGACUCUCCGUCACGCCCCCCGGCUUCUCGUGUCUUCGUGGCAGUUGUUGGCACCCCUCGAGGACGCGUCACCCUGACCUCUGCCCCAUCUUCACGUGGCCUUCUCCGUGUCCAAACCCCUCCUUCCAAGAACACCAGGCGCGGCACCAGGGCCAGCCUAGCCUCCCGCUUCCCAGCUUUACAGCUGUGUCUGCUGAAACCCCGCCUCCUGAUAGGGUUCCGUUCUGAGAUUCCAGGUGGGUACGGAAUUGGGAGCCCGCGUUGAGGACUGGGACCGUUUUCAUGGUAUUCUACAAAUCAUGUGCAUCUUGCAGUGUGGGGUACGCAAGAUGGUCUUGAACUUCCCCUUGAGCGAGCGGCAGACCUGUCUGUCCAUUUCCUGAGACAGAUGUGCCGGAACCUACCAGGCUAAUCCCUGCUCCCCUUCAGGAGACAUGUGGGCUUCUGGUUUUCUGGGACCAGAUCUGUGCCUGCAGGCGCUGGUGAAAAAGCCUGUUGCCAGCAGCCCUGCGGGCACUGCCUCGGGGCAGCUCAGCGGCUCAGAGCCCCUGCCCGUCGUGUGCGGGAAGGAGCGGCUGUCGAGGUUUCUGCUCAAGCAAGUGUGUGCGGCUUCGGCAGCUUUGGAGGUUUUUUUUCUGCUUUUAAUGGUACCACGCUGAGGCUGUCUUCUCUGCACCAUGGCCUUUGUUUCCUACACCGUCCCGUGCCCCCCCAGGGCCUUUGUAUAUCCACCUGGAGCUUGGUGCUGCAGCCUCCUCAGGGAAGCCGUCCUAAUGCCCAGGACAGGCUCUGGUCCCAGAGGCCACCGGGAACAGGUGCUCCCCUUGUCCCCGCCCCCUGCGUCCCCAGGGAGAAAGGAAAGCCGAAAAAGUAAAAAGUUCAGUGAGGGUGCACGGAGGCUAGAGAGGAGGGGGCCACGAAGGGUCGGCCUCCUGCUCUGCCAGGCCUGGGGGGGGGGGGGGGGGGGGGGGUGUCCAGGCCCUUGCGCCCUCGAUGCUGGCAACACAUGGCAUGGGGUAAAAAGGCCCAUUCCAGAGCCAGCUGAGGCCCGGGGGGAGGGCAGGGAGGGCCACAGGCUCAGCCUCCUCCUCCCUGCCCUUAACCCCCUCAGCGAUGACUGCCUGUCCCUGGAGGGGCCCCGCUGGACACCGGCCAUCAAGCAGGCCACACGCUGGAAGUACACGCCCCUGGGGCGCGACGCAGCUGGCCAGCUGUGGUCCACCGGCCUAACCACCUCAGACCCCCGUGAGGCCUGGUACACGUUCCCGCGGGCCCCGGACAGCCCCUACCGGGAGGCCCACGGCCACCAGCACAGAUGUCACAGCUGCCAGGAGCGAAGCAUGCCCUCGGCCUGUACCCAGCACCUCCAGGAGACCGCCUGGUACAACCCUGUCCUCCCUGCCCAGUACAGGAACCCCGGCACACGGUGGGGGAGCACGCUGUGGAGGGACAGACUCAUCCGGGGCAAGGAGUACGUGGUCAACAGGCACCAAUACCGGGUGGAGCCACCGUGGCGGUCGGACCACGUGCCGUACCUGUCUGUGCCGCGGCGGCCGUGCUACGCCACCCAGAGCUACCGGCGGUGGAGCCUGGAGCCUUACCGUCCCUCCGCCAACCAGCGGCCCCCGCCCACCCACCUGCCCGUCUGCUGAUAAAGGUCACGCUGCCAGCACCGCCCCUGCAGGGACCCCUAUGCCUCUGACACCACCCCACCCCCCUGACCCAGUGCAUCUCUCCACUUCUGGGGCCUGGGAGGGUCUUGGGUGGCCAGGUGGCCAGAUAAAGGGAGCUACUAACCGAGACCCUGGCGACCAGAACUCUGGGACGAAGGCAGAUGGACCCUGGAGGCACCGGCUGCCCCCUCCCUGCUCUGGGCCCCGGGCAGACAGCUGAGGCCACAGUCCUCACCCCUGGGUGGCUUUUUAUUCAUAGCCAGUCGUGGCCUUGGGCACAGGGUUGUGGGACUGGGUCCCCCCCAAGCCUGAGGCUCCCAUCAGGCCCAAUGACGACACCGUUCGUCCAGGGACCCGGCAGCACCUAGGAAACCCCGACCGAGCCUGGGGUGACGGGUGAGCUGGGCGCUCCCCUGGAUCCCAGAGGGCCAAGCUCAGAGUCUGGGCUGCUGACCGCCUGCCCUCACCUGCCGCCCUCACAGCCGGGUGAGGAUGGGGGGCAGGGAUGGGAGCUGGGCAUG